AAACUCAACAGAUUCCUGGUUUUAGUCAAGUCUUAAAGGAGACGUUUUAUACAUUUAUAAGGUUUUUCAACGUGGAUCCUGAAAUUUACAUGGGCGCGAAUGAACUGAUAACAAGUAAAGGUUAUCCAUGUGAAGAUCAUAAAGUUAUAACAGAAGAUGGUUAUAUAUUAACAAUGCAGAGAAUACCACAUGGUCGUAAUACUAAUUCUUCUACAGCAAGACGCCCAGUAGUAGUAUUACAACAUGGAUUGCUGGGAUCCAGUACCAAUUACUUGGAUAACUUAUCCAAUGAAAGUUUAGCUUACAUCUUAGCCGACGCAGGCGCAGACGUGUGGUUAUCCAACAGUAGAGGAAACAUGUACUCACGUGCGCAUGUCCAUCUGAAACCUUCGGAGGAGGCUUUCUGGGAUUGGAGCUUUGAUGAGAUGGCCAAAUAUGAUUUACCUGCAGUUGUAGAUUACGUAACAUCAACAACACAGACAGAUAAAGUAACAUAUAUCGGUCAUUCUCAAGGAACAAUGAUUGGUUUUGCGGGAUUUAGCGAGAACCAGACCUUGUCCGAGAAGAUAGAACUUUUUGUAGCUUUAGCACCUGUUGCUAGAGUUCGCCACAUCGAGAGUCCAAUACGGCUUUUCGCACCAUUCGCUUACGAAUUGGAGUUUCUGUUUGAGUUAUUUGGCAAAGGCGAAUUUCUUUCAAAUGGUGAAGUGGAAAGGUUUUUGGCAAAGGAUGUUUGCACACAUGUAUCAGGAAUCUGUGAAAAUGUUUUGUUCCUCUUGGGUGGAUUUAAUUUACACAACUUAAAUGAAUCUCGAAUUCCUGUUUAUGUGGCUCAUAAUCCUGCCGGGACCUCUGCCAAGAACAUGGUUCACUUUGCACAGGGUGUAAGGUCUGAAACUUUUCAGAAAUUUGAUUAUAGAUCAGCGGCUGAAAAUAUCAUACAUUAUGGGCAGCCAACACCACCAGUUUACCACCCAGAGAACAUGACAACACCGGUAGCAUUAUUUAGAGGUGACAAUGAUAUACUAGCAGAUCCAGUAGAUGUCGCAUGGCUCUUACCUAAACUAAAACAUAUGGUACUUGAUAAAGACAUUCCGCAAUGGGACCAUAUCGACUUUAUAUUUGGGCUUGAUGCCCCUACAGUGUGUUAUACUGUUAUUCAUGAUUUGAUUUUCCACAAAAACAGCUCUGUGUAUUAGACGAUAAACAGUUAAAUAUUGCAUUUUGUACAUUUUAAUACACAUAUAUAAAAACUAAAAGUGAAAGGGUCGCCAUUAUUACAGAAAUUU